AUGCCAUUCAACGGAUACACGGUCAGCUGCUACCUCCUCGACCGUCUUGUGGAGGCGGGGUGCGAGCACCUCUUUGGAGUCCCUGGCGACUUCAAUCUGCGCUUCCUGGAUGAUGUCAUGACGAACCCACGAAUGAAGUGGAUUGGCACGGCAAAUGAGUUGAACGCGGCCUACGCUGCCGACGGCUACGCACGUCAACGCGGCCUGGGUGCUGUCGCCACCACCUGCGGUGUCGGCGAGCUCUCCGCGCUUAACGGAAUCGGUGGUAGCUUCGCAGAGAGCGUCCCGGUCAUUCACAUUGCCGGUGCUCCCUCCACAAAGAGCCAAGGUAACCGUGAGCUGCUACAUCACACACUUGGUGACGGCAACCACGCGCACUUUCUGCACAUCAGCGCUGAGGUGUGCUGCAUUGCGGUAAUGCUGACACCCGAGAACUGCCUGAUGGAGAUCGAUCGUGUUAUCACAGAGGUGCUGUAUCAGAAGAAGCCGGGAUAUAUUGCCCUGCCGACAAACUUAGCGGAAAUGAUAGUGCCGCCUCCGCCGACGAAGUUGAUGCGCCGCCUGCCGGAGGUUUCCCCUGACUCGGUCAGUGCAUUUAAGCUCACUGUAGCGUCUCACCUGCACAGCUCCUGCAAUCCGGCUGUGCUGACGGGUCACUUGAUUCAGCGCUACCAAUGCGGUCCGUUCGUGAAUCGCUUCCUUGAGAACGUUCGCAUCCCGUACGCUGCCGCUGUCCUCGGCAAGGGCGCCGUAAACGAGCACCUGGAGAACUACGUGGGCACCUACAUCGCCGGCAAUGCCCCGUGCCCUGCGAAGUCCGUCAUUGAAAAUGCCGACGUGUGCAUCUCGAUUGGCGUUCAGUUUGUCGACACUGUCACCGCAGUAUUCCGGCACAAGAUUGACCCUCUAAAACUGAUCGACAUCCAGCCCUUCUUCGCCAAGGUUGGGGACCAGAUCUUCCCCCAGGUGCCGAUGGAGGUGGCUGUGAAGGUGGUUGAGGAAACCGCGAUGGAAUGCCACACGAACUGGAGCACGGAGUACCCGGAUCCGGAUAGCUUCCGCUCUCCGGAUAGCGCUGACACCCUCGACCUCUGCCAUGUGUGGCGCGAGAUUCAGAACGGCCUGCGUCCCAACGACGUUCUCCUGGUUGAACUCGGUACCUCCUCCUUUACGUCUGCACUGCUUCGCUUGCCGCAGGGUUGCGAUAUGCUUUGCCAGCAGAUGUGGGCCUCCAUCGGCUACACUCUCCCCGCUGCCAUAGGAGCACAGCUAGCGGACGAAAAUCGCCGCGUUGUGUGCAUCAUCGGCGAUGGCGCUGCGCAAAUGACGGUGCAGGAGCUCGGCACGGCUGCGCGCUAUAGACUGAAGCCUACGUACAUUCUCGUUAACAACGAUGGCUACACAAUCGAGCGCUUCAUCCGCGGCUGGGACUCGUCAUACAACGACGUCGCCGUGUGGAACUGGACAGGCUUGGCGCGCAACUUCUGCAAAGGCGUGGAGCCACGCACCUGUCUUGUUAACUCGGUUGGCGGCGUAGAGGCGGUACUACGCGAGAGCCAGGACAACAUGGUGUUUGCCGAAGUGCUUGUCGGCAAGUUUGAGGGUCCUCUGUGCACCUCUGUGGAGCUUCCCGGCAAGCCCACGAGCAAGUAA